AUAAGCAAUUGCAAAAUGUGGCAUCAGAACAAAGUAUUGUUGCUUUGUUUACAGUACAGUUUCACUCUCUUUAAUUUCUUAUUAUCUUUAUUGUUUUUCUGUGUAGAAUCAAAAGGAGCAGCUGCAACCGGCUCACCCUCAAAACAGCGACGGAAAUCUUGCCCCGAGCCAAGCAAGCCAUCAUAUGCAGUGUGCUCUUCAAAGCACCCGAAUGCAACAAAGACGAAGGAGAAGCUGGAAAAACCAGUCAAAUCUGCAGCAGAACCCCAGCAGCAAACGAAGAAGCAAAGUCAUAAAUCAAGUUCAAAGAACAAGGAGUCCAGUUCCGGCUCAAAACCGGAAGACGACAUUUGGUGUGUGCGUCGCAGCGAACGCAUAUUCCUUUUGGAUGCUGGAGUGGUCAAGUCAUCAACGCUGUCCAGCCCACCUGAACGUCAAGAAUCCAGCUCCGGUGGCACGUCACAGCGUACUAAGCCCGAGAAGGCGAAUGGCACUACACCCACGGCUUCCAAAGCUCAGCCACCCCCUUCUGCCAAGGCCACAACUGGCGCAGCUGCCCCCUCUUCCCCCUUGGAAUGCUCUGAACCACCGAGAACUGACCCCAAUUCCAAUGCUUCUUCCUCCUCUGCUCCCACUGUGCGCCGAGUGGCCAGACGGAAAUUGGUGUCUGUGCUCCGCAAGUGCUCUCGAGCAGUUGGGCCAACACCAAACGAAACCGACUCGGACGACCAAGGGAGUGACUCAACUGAAAAUGUGCCCCUGAGCCGGCUCUCGGCAGCUGUGCGAAGUGGUUCGGAUCAACCGCAGCAGUGCUACCUGCUGCCAGAGGAUCUUCACGACCUCACCCGUGUUGUGAUGCUAGAGGAUGGCCUCUUCUAUACAGGCUACAUCAACGAAAUUCAGGCACCAGAUGUCUAUGGCAUCACACUUGACGGUGAGAGAGGCAACAGACCACACAUAUUUUCACGGGAAGAGAUCCUCAAGGAAGCGGUGCGUGAAGUCAAGCCACGCUCCCUGAAGGAACUGCCUGAGGGGCGCCGUGUCUGUGCCUACUGGAGCCAGCAGUAUCGUUGCCUCUACCCCGGUCUGGUUGCCAAAGCCACCAGUCCAAACCCUUCCCCAAGCAAUGCGCUUGUCUAUGUGGAAUUCGAUGACGGUGAUUCUGGAAAGAUUCCCAUAGAAGAUGUUCGGUUGCUGCCACAGGACUUUCAUCCUAUUGCCGGAGACCCACAUCCAUCUCUUGUCUUGAGCAAAAAGCGCAGCCGGAAUACAGAGAAUGGGCAGGAGGCCGGCACAUCAGAUCAGCAGCAUUCACGGAGAGUACGAAAGAGAAAGAAAUCCAAGGCCAAGAAAACACAAGGAGCAGCUUCAAGCGAUGAGUCUGACUCUGACAAUGGCGAAGUUUUUGAUGUGGCUGACGGAGCGAGUGCAUCAAAGAAGCGCCGGCGAGAGCACAAGCACCGCCGGCAUCACAAGCACCAUCGCUGUCAUCACCGGCACAAACACCACAAGCGACACCGGGAACAUUCCACGGAAGCUGCUGACAAGACGGGCACUAACGGCAAAGCGACACGACGAGACAGCGCAGCUACAAACGCGUCCACGUGUUCUUCGGAGCCUUCAACCUCAGGAUCUUCCACUCACUCAUCGCUGCCCAGUGGCUCGGGCAGAUCCGGAUUGAAAGUGCGGAUCCGGACUUCAUCUACAGAAAUGCAGCAGGCAGAUGCAGAGAGCAGUGAUGACGCCUCAGAAGAUAGCAGUUCAUCGGACGAGGCUGAGAGUGUUGCUUCUAAAAAAGGUCCCGCCAAGCGUAAAAGGCGCCUCCCCUCGGUGGAGAAAAGCAAAAUCGCGGCAUUCCUGCCGAUGCGGCAGCUGUGGCGAUGGUCGGGCAAGAGCUUCCGCCGGCCUGGGCUGAAAGGCAAGGCCAAGAAGGAGUUUUACAAGGCCAUCUGCAGGGGCAGGGAAUCCAUUCGGGUUGGUGACUGUGCGGUAUUCCUGUCGACGGGACGGCCCAACCUGCCAUACAUUGGCCGCAUCGAGACCAUGUGGGAAGGCUGGAGCGGUAACAUGGCGGUCCGCGUCAGGUGGUUCUACCAUCCAGAGGAGACCAAGGGACUCGCAAAGCUCAGGCACUCCAAGGGUGCACUGUUCAAGUCUCCGCACGCGGACGUGAAUGAUGUGCAGACCAUUUCUCACAAGUGUGAGGUCCUUUCCUGGGAAGAGUACCGGACAUCCCGCGGGACGCGCAGCGAUGAAGCCACCGCUGAUGUCUACUACCUCGCUGGAUACUACGACCCCUAUGUCAACACCAUCUCAAUUGAGCCCUCAUUGGCACUGUGAUGUCAGCAGGCUGCAAUCUCGACUCAGCCUAUCACAGCUGAGCACUUGUCUGAGGAAAGCCCCACGCAGGGCGCGUGCCACUUGAUGGUUUCCCCUGCAGUGUUUUGAACAACCGGUGACCUAUUAGCAGUUAUGUUAUGCAGGAGCGGUGGUUGCAAAAUUUCAUAACAUAAUCUAACGUAACCAGGAUGGUGCCAGUACUGAAUCCCUAGCUGAGUUCUCACUUGUUAUUAGAACAUUUGAAGACCUGUAUUUCAGUGUGCUGGCAACUGUUUAUACUUUAUUUGGCAUUCAUUUCCAUAGCAAAUCACAGACCGUGUAGUUAACUGCUAAAAACACUGCGGUCGUAUUUCCUCGCCGCGUAGUCAUUGUAGUGUCCUUUUUACUUUUCAGUUUGUUUAUACUAGAUGUGCAGAAUUCCACUAGUUGAUUAGGAGAAACUCUCCUAAUGGAGACACGUGUUAUGCUGAUCUGCAUCUUGGGUUGUCUAUAAGCAAACCACUCUGAACCCUCACACGUGCAGCGUUGCAGCUAACCGAACACACUCUCCCGCACACAAAGCAACAGAAAGCCUCUCCACAUGAACUAGUGGAAUUUGUAAUUUGUCACAGAGCUUUUGUGGUGAAAUUCCUCGACAUCAUAAUCUGCACACCAUUCAGGUGUUUGGCACAGAGUGCCAUUCGCUGGCAAACAAUUGGUGCCUCGUGUGUGAUGUUGCAAAGGUCAUUGUCACGUGAUGGGCACCUUUGACAAAUGAGGGCAUAUCAGAAGAUGUCAGGGGCCAGUGUUGAUAGCAGGGCGGGCUGUCUUCCAAAGACGGGGAGAAUAUAAGGGGUUUGAGAGCUGUCUUGUUUUUUUUUUCUUGCUUUCAUGUGUUUUGUCGUCAUGUCUUGCAUCAAUUUGCAGAUUGAUGUUUUUUUUUUAUUUGACACACCUUUUUCCUACUGUGAUGGGCUUGAAAAAGAUAUACACGAGAGGGGCACGUGCACUAUUGUUGCACUGCCUCUGCUGGGUAAGGAGCGGAUGUCCAGGUGAACAUUCAGAAUGCGAAUAUGUACAGCUGUUUGUACUAUACUCUCUUGUCUCAUGCGUGCACCAACACAACAUUGUCCAGUGUAUUUUUUCCUGUUUAUUUACAUUUUCUUUUUCUUUAAUAAAACAAGACCUUGUGGCAGCCUCCAAGAAAUGGCAAUUUGAAAUGCUGAUACUGCUGAGGUGAAAAGUCUUGCAAAAUAGGUGCCCAGUGUUUAUAUUUAUCUGGCAUGGUAUCAUGAAGGCACGAAGGAAUAAAGGUACCUUAAGGGCUAGUUUUUUUGUGAUUUAUUUACACAGCUUGAGCCUCUUAAAUACAUAGGUCAUGUUUGUCUUGUAAACUGCUGCUCAAUUGGGGUGGUAUUCUCAAACGAUCACUUUCUGAGACACAACCACUUUCACGAGACCUUGCGUGACUUUGCACCGGAUGUGUUGACGUAUAUAAGCCCAACAGCAUUCCUGGCAUUGUGUCUGGUGCGCAAUCUUCACCCGGUGCCAGGAACCGUAUACUUGGAUGUGUCCAGUGCCGAGUCAAGCAAAAUAUUGUGAAAGUGAUUUUAUCCUCAAAAGUGAUUGCACAAGAAUACCGCCAGUGUUCUCAUGAAAGCACGGAAUGUGCCAGGCAGGCCUCUUCAUUAUAGAGGCAAAGGGGGACUUACUCGGAGUAGGCCCACAAUAAUAAUAACUAAUAUAUAUAUAUAAACUUAAAGAUUUUUUUAAAGUAACGUGUAGUGACUUGAUUUCACGUUCCCUGUUUCUGCUGUGCAGCCUUGUGGAGCAGUAGAGCGUUGCACAUGCACCCCCGUAAGGGGCUUGGCUACUUGGGGGCUGUCGACUUGGCUUGUUGCUAUCCCUUUCUCCACUGUGCACUUGUUAUUGCUCAUUUCGUCAGGCACGAAGCCGUGUAACCUCUGUAGUGGCAUCUUGACACAAUGGCAUGCCUCACCCCUCCGUCUCUAUGCAUUUUUCCCACCCUCACCUGUCGGAAGAAGUGCUUGGUGGGGAAGUGUCUACACACACCGCGUCUGUGAAACUCGUUCUCCUGCGUCAAAGUUCUUCGCUGUUUGUAAACAAGCCGCAUGCCCAUUGUUUGCAGCGACACGCUGCCCGUCGUCUGCUUGCGCUACAGGUGCGAGCGCACAUUUUUUGUGUAUCGUUGUCGUGAUCGAUAAUCAUGGCUAAAGUCAUCACAUCACUGCAUACAUUUCGUGCAUUUCACCCACCUCAGAAAGCUUGCCUUUCUUUUGCUUUUUCGUUCGCGUUGCACUGUAUUUUCAAUCAACCUCGAAAUCGGUUCUUGGGAACUGCUGCAUCGAGCUAUCAGCUGGAGCGGAAAGUGACCAGAGUUUUGGUCCCAAUGUAUGGUAUCGCUUGUCACUGCAAGAGUCUCACGACAUUGCGUUGCUUCAAAGCAAGGAGGAAAGGGCACUUGCUAGUGCACGUUGAUGUUUGUAGCUCCGUAUGUGUGCUGGGCGGCUGGCCACAGGUAGACAGAGGCUUUUUUAAGUAUUUGCCCACGAUGUACGCGGGGGCAAUGAUAUUUAAUGUAUUACAGUUUCUUGCACAAGUCACUUUUGCACAGAGAUGACUGCUGCUGUCGGGUGACAAAAACUGAGUACGAGCAUCAGCUUUGAUUGCACAUUGAACAAACUACCGGGGCAGCAGCUAAUGACUGAAGCAUGUUGCUUGUCACACAUUCUUGCACGAGGCUGGAUCUCUCUGCAGUAGCGAGCAUGUUUUUGUGGUGCUGAAGCUGAAAGGUUUCGUUGUGAAGCAGGCAGGGGACAGUUGCUGGUUCAUUGGAAGUGAACACUUGUUAGCUGGCUCAAUCCUAGAACAACUUUAGCAACUUGUCAUCUUUGUGGUGUUUUUGGCAGCACGUAUAGCAAGUGAGCUUAUCAGUGUUCACUCAAGUUUGCACUGUGUGAAGGAAAUAGAUGUUGUUUUACUCAGACACACAACACUGAAAAGCAACACGCGUAAUAAACAGUGCUAUCCACUCAUACGAACCAUAGAAGUAAUGGAUUUUAGGUAUGGUUUUGUGAUAUUUUGAGAGAAAAAAAAAAAGCCAGUCAUUGCACAAAAUGCUUCUUGUGUGCUGUUCACAGGAUAAGUGUGCUCAAAGCCAAACUGGCUUUGGAUAAUCAGGGUUUCACAGUGCUUCAUAUCUCAGUAGGGUAUGUUGUCAUAGGGUUGAGUCAGCAUCACAUGCUUGUGCCAUGGAAGUGUUAGCCACUGUUGUGGCAACUGCAGGAUUAACGAGUGCAUAAAUGCCCAGGUGUCUGUCAUUCUGCAAUUACGACCCGAGUGUAACGCGAGUAUUUGUGGCACUAUAAUCACACAAUUUACAACCCAGCCAGCCUUUGAUCACAAGUGGUGGGUCUGAGACCUGGGCUUCAAAUUUAUGGCAGCUAGUCUGAGAGACACCGGUGCUGAAAGAUGUUUUAUCGUUUGUUGUAAAGGCCAGGCUACCCAUAUGGGUGUUGGUGGUGCACAGUUUACUGGAAUGAGGAGGACUGCUUCCAGAGGAGUGUCACUUUUGCACACGUCACUAGUUAUUGCUUGAAAGCAGGUUUUACUCAAGGGUCAUUGAAAGUGCAUGGAGCAGUGCAAGUGGUCUGCUUUACAAUGUAAAAAGGCCUACUUUUGAAUGAGCUGGCCUCUGUGAGGUAGAAUGGUGCGUAAUCAGUUGCUUCGUGUGCCCAAAUCUGGCUUGCACUGUGGCCACAGAACAUUAUGAGAGCUGUGAAAACAACAAGAGUGAAUACAUUCUGAAAACUAAAGCUGCGGUAUGUGCUUCCCCCUGCAUGAUAGUUGCAGUGCUCCUAUCAAAGCCAGACUGUGUGUCAAUGCUAUUUUCAUGACUGAACUGCAUUCUAUGAGGCUGUUUCAUGUAACAGCCACAUGAAUCAGAACUCGGCCCUGAUUGCAGCAUUGGCAACGCAUAGCAAGAGGAGGAGGCCAGUGUCAUGCCAGAAACAUAUUGCAGGUCUAAACUUCAAAGCAUCAGUAGUGCCACAGGGGCUCACUGUGGCACUAUUGUUUACACAUUCAACAAAGACUGUACAGUAACCUGUAUAAAUUGUUUUAUCAAAUGUAAGAGUAGGUUUUGCACUAACCGUUGCUUUGUUCACUUAAAUUUUGCUACAAAAUUGCAUCAUUGGUCCAAUAUUGUUCAAUAACACUUGCCAUUGAUGCUUGCCUAGUGUCUGGACUGUGUUGCCUGCAGGCAAUGAAAGCAGACCACGCCUCUGUAAGCAAGUACUUCUCCGAUGGCGAGGCGUUCAUGUGAUGGUUUCUUGCUUUUCGUUGACCAACCAUGCAAACAAAUGAUGCCAAGUGUUUCAAUGAACAGAGCAAACUUGCAAUAGUUGAGCAAAGGUAAAGCAGCGGUCAAGUGCAAAUUUUUUUCAGAUUUAGGAACCCAGGUCACUGUACCAAGUUCUGUAUUUUUAUGUACAAAUUUUUAAUAACACAUUUCAUUCACAGUGUCACUCCUUAACCCAGUCACAUUAGAGCUGCACGCAAGAAUGUAUAAGAAGCCUUGAGCAGAGCAUUUGUGGAAUAUGUUGCCAAAUGCAGCAGGUAAUGGGGUGCUGGUAAUGUGUUUCUGUAAAUCCAGGAACAAGCCCCCGGCUUCUUGUGUAAUGCAGAUCAGCAGCGCUGUUAUCAAAUUUCUACUACAAGCGCGUUAGAAGCCUGUCCAGCAUAGUGCAUUCCUCUAUGGUUGCAAAGCAAUGCAGUGUGCAUGCAGUAGUUGUCGAUCUCCGAAAUAGCUACUAAGCAGGCGCAAUUUACAGCCAGCCUGGAGAGAAUCUUCUGGAAGCAGUCUCCCUCCCCAAACAUGCGGGUCCACAAGUGCUUGUCAGCUUUAGCUGAAGUGUUGAGACAGUGCAAGAGUUUGGUGGCAGAGUUUUGACUGCAGCAAGUUUGCAGCUCCGGAGAGAGUGCUUUAUUUUUGUAGGUGUGAUGGUUGCAUGGCCCGGGAAGGGGUCUUCGGUUUUUGUACAUAGGCAAGUUGUCAUCUGCUAUCAUUUCUGCAGUUGUGUUGCUUCACAUCUGUCUCUUGCCCUGUCUGCUAGCAGGAAUGAAAACUGACUGUGAUUUCACUUGUUGAAAAAAAGUGUGAGUUGUUGAACAUCGGUGGCUAGGUUUUUCCUCUCUGUCUCUUGGCAACUUCUUUCAGGAGCAACCAACAUGGCCGACAAGAGAGCUUCUAAAUGGAAGUUAGGAAAAAUGCGCUCUACAAAGUCUGUUGUAAGUCUGUUGUGCCAUACGUAUGUUCUGGGUACUGUUUGGGUGGCAAGUGUUGCAUAGCGUUCCUUGUUGUUCCAAGUUUUCGUUUGUGCUUCGCCAGCAGAGAAUGACUCUUGUUGAAGACGCGAGUUCUCCUUGUGCAGUUUAAAUGCGUGUGCUUGUCGUUUUGUGUGCAUUGGUGCAAUGCUCAGUUUGCCGAGUCCUUUUUUGCUAUUGGCGGUCUGUUCUGGGGAAGUUUCAGGUUCUCGGUGUCUUUGCUUUGCUUACAAUUUCACACCGAUUCUCUCUUGGCUCACUAAUGACCACUUGGUACAGUUAGUUGCUUCAAGAUCUGUGGCAAACAGCAAUUAUUUCAACAUUUAAUAUAUGAGAAAGUUUUCGUUUACGCCUUAGUGGCCUUCUGAAGUUGUGUGAUGCUUACACGUUUCUGGCUAGUGACCAGACCUGAAUUAUACAAUUGGCUGGAAAAAGCAUGCAGGACUUGGUACAGCUCGUAACAUACACAUUUAAAAAGAAAUUGUUUACAAGUCUUGUAACUGUGCUCAUUUCUAUUUGGUACUUUCAAAGUCACGCAAAUAAUUAGAGUUCUGAACUUUUUCUAUCUUUAGGCGGCACCACAAAGAAAGCCAAUGUUUAAAAUUUAUGCCAUGGUACUAUCGGUGGGAAGCAUUGUGGCCUUCUGAAAUCUUAUUAGUUUUGCAGUGGAAACAUAGUGCCAAAAAUUUUCUAAAUGGAGUGACCAAAUGUGAACUGGACACAAAAAAUUUGGCUACACAGCACCAUAGAGCCUUCCUCAGAGCAGUUUGGCAAUACAUUCAUUGUACAUGUCCUGCUGUCUGUUCUGCAUUGCUCAAAGCUUUUUUGUUUUGGCUUUUGUUUUUGGUCAUCAACUUUGCCCAGAUCUCCAAGGGGAGAAGGUUAUUUUCCCUCAGCAUCUUGUGCUUGUGUUGGCUUUUUCUUUUUUUUUUUUUCUGCCAACUUUGUGCAUCUUUGUCUUAGCCAUACAGGACAGCUGUCUAGUUUGUACAGAGCUUGUGUUAUUUCUGCACACGUCCAAGUGACCAUUGUGACCGACAAUGCGUUAGUUACGCACUUAAUAAAAAUGAAUCCAUGAAAAAA